UCCCACUUCUCUUUGUAGUGUCUGCAGAGAGCCUGGGGCCGUCCUGACCACAGUCCAAAAUGAGAGCCAGGCUCCUGGGGAGGGCAGUUCCCCUUCCUGUGUGCUGUGGAUGAGACAAUCCCAUGACAAGAAGCACUCGGACUCCGAGCGGCCACACCCGGUUAUCUCUGUCCGGCCAGCACUGAGGGCUCAUCCAUCUGCAGAGUCCGGCCCACUGGGAAGCGACGCCAUGACCCCCGCCCUCACAGCCCUGCUCUGCCUUGGGCUGAGUCUGAGCCCCAGAACCCACGUACAGGCAGGGCCCCUCCGCAAACCCAUCCUCUGGGCUGAGCCAGGCUCUGUGAUCAUCUGGGGGAGCCCCGUGACCAUCUGGUGUCAGGGGAACCUGAAGGCCGAGGAGUAUCAUCUGGAAAAAGAAGGAACCCAAGUACCCUGGGACAUGCAGAAGUCACUGGAACCCAGGAACAGGGCCAGAUUCUCCAUCUCAUCCAUGUCAGAGCACCAUGCAGGGAAAUACCGCUGUCAAUAUCUCGGCCCUGAAGUCUGGUCAGAGCGCAGUGAGCCCCUGGAGCUGGUGGUGACAGGAGUCCACAGCAAACCCACCCUCUCAGCCCUGCCCAGCCUUGUGGUGACCUCAGGAGGGACCGUGACCCUCCAAUGUGGCUCACAGAAGGGAUAUUACCGUUUUAUUCUGAUUAAGGAAGGAGAACACCAGCUCUACUGGAAUCUGAACUCACAGCAGCUCCCCAGUGGGUGGUUCGAGGCCCUGUUCCCUGUGGGUCCCGUGACCCCCAGCCACAGGUGGAUGUUCAGAUGCUAUUACUAUUAUAGAAACAACCCCCACGUGUGGUCAUACCCCAGUGACCCCCUGGAGAUUCUGCCCUCAGGCGUGUCUAGGAAGCCCUCCCUCCUGACCCUGCAGGGCCCUGUCGCGGCCCGUGGAGGCAGCCUGACCCUGCAGUGCCGCUCCGAUGUCGACUACGACAGAUUUGCUCUGUACAAGGACCAGGGAGUUCACCUCCUCCAGGGCUCUGGCCGGCAGCUCCAGGCUGGGCUCUCCCAGGCCAACUUCACCCUGAGCCCUGUGAGCCUCUCCCACGGGGGCCAGUACAGAUGCUCCGGUGCACACAACCUCUCCUUCGAGUGGUCGGCCCCCAGUGACCCCCUGGACAUCCUGAUCGCAGGACAGAUCCCUGACACACCCUCCCUCUCAGUGCAGCCGGGCCCCACGGUGGCCUCAGGAGAGAACGUGACCCUGCUGUGUCAGUCACAAGGGUGGAUGGACACUUUCCUUCUGACCAAGGAGGGAGCAGCUGAUGCCCCCGUGCUUCUAAGACCAAAGUACCAAUCUGAUAAGGACCAGGCUGAAUUCCCCAUGAGUCCUGUGACCUCAGCCCAUGCGGGGACUUACAGGUGCUACGGCUCCUACAGCUCCAUCCCCUACCUGCUGUCUCACCCCAGUGAGCCCCUGGAGCUCGUGGUCUCAGGAUCCUCUGCAGGCUCCGGCCCACCACCCGCAGGGCCAGCCACACCCGGUCUGGGAAGAUACCUGGAGGUAUUGAUUGGGGUCUCAAUGGGCUUCGUCCUGCUGUUCCUCCUUGUCUUCUUCCUCUUCCUCCGACGUCGGCGUCAGGAGAAACACAGGAGCUUGGACCAGAGGCAGGCUGAUUUCCACUGUCCUACAGGGGCUGUGGAGCCAGAGCCCAAGGACAGGAGCCUGCAGAGGAGGUCCAGCCCAGCUGCUGAUGUCCAGGAAGAAAACCUCUAUGCUGCCGUGAAGGACACACAGCCUGAGGACGAGGUGGAGCUGGACACUCAGGCUGCUGCACCUGAAGGCCCCCAGGAUGUGACCUACGCCGAGCUGCACAGCUUGACCCUCAGACGGGAGGCAACUGAGCCUCCUCCCUCCCGGGAAGGGGCCCCUCCAGCUGAGCCCAGCAUCUACGCCACUCUGGCCGUCCACUAGUCCAGGGGGGACCCAGACCCCACACUCAACAGGACACUCAGGGACUCCAGAAGACAUGGGAGUAGACCCCAGUGGACCCCAGCCAGCCUGGACCCCUAACACAGACCACCAGGAGGCACUGGGAACUUGUGGUACUAAAUGACUAAUAUCCUUGCAUUUUGGAAAUAAAGCAACA